GAGAAGCAGUCGGGCAAAAAAAAUAUUGAAAGGAAAAGUACGCGGUUUUGUUUGGCUUCGUCUCAUUUUUUCGUAUAGUCUGAUGUUCUAAUGUUGAUGGCAAAAGACAUUAUUGAAAUGGAGGAGAGCGUUAUUCAUCCUUCCGAAACACGACGACAAAGCGACUUCAUACAUUCUGAAAUGACAACGGAUCUCUUGUCCAUCUCAAGCGAUUGGAACCCGGCUUUAGUCUCUCGACGAGCAUCAGUUCCCAUGGAAAUCAUAAUUGGAGGCAAUGGAAAGCCAAUCUUCACGGCAACACCAUCUUCCACUGUCGGGUCUCCAGUUUUGAGUGACCGUAGAAGUUCGGAGGAGAAGGAGAAAAAGAAAAGCAAGUCAAGAAGUGGAUCUAAGAAACGGUCAAGCUCCCAGAAAAAGAAGACAACUACCACUACCACGACAAAAACGUCACAAAAGACAGCGAAGAAGAAGGAGGCAAAAGAUGUUACAAAAGAAAAAGACAGAGAGAGCUCCGAAGGUUCGCCGACAUCCAUUCUAACUAACGAUCUGGCCACUUGCUUCAUCGGUGCUCCAUCCCGCACAUCUAAACAGAUUGAAAAUCUCCCAGAGUACGAGCUACUCCGAAAAGAACUUCUCGUUACAGUUCGAGAUGCUGUUAUUCAAACUGAUUUAUUUUAGAUCGUCCCCUCAAACCAAUAAUUUUAUUUUCAAAACUGUAAUAAAAAGUUCAAAAAUUCA